GCGGAGGUGUAUGGGAAAGUAGUGAACAUUGUUGCUUCCGGUUUAAUAUCUGAAGAUUUCCUCCCAUACGCGACUCUUUCCUCUCCGGUGCCCGCCACGAAAAUCGGUGCCCCGCCCCCUCCGCUCGGAGCACGAGAGUGGGAGGCGGGGCUAUGGAGGCAGCGUAUUUUGGCGGGGAACAGUCAGAUGAUGGUGGAGCCACUCCAGUGCAGGAUGAGCGUGAUUCAGGAUCAGAUAUGGAAGAAAAUGGACAUGAGCAGCACUCCGUAUCAGAGAAUGAAAGCAUAGGACAACAUUCAGAGAACGAACUCAGCGAUGAAGAAGAUGAUGGCCAAACUAGGGGCCAUCCUGUGACGGACUCUGAAAAUGAAGAUACCCCAAGGCAAAAACAUAGCGAUUCAGAAAAUGAGGAUGUCCCAAAUCACAAUGCUAGUGAUUCAGAAAAUGAAGGGGCUCAUGUAGGAAAAGAUACUGAUUCCGAUAACGAGGAUCACCCUGUUCACCGUGCCAGUGACUCUGAGAAUGAGGAUGCUAUAAAUCCUCAGGCCAGUGAUUCUGAGAAUGACGGGGCUCCUAAAGGCCAUGACAGUGAUUCUGAAAAUGAGGAACCUCAGAAGCCUGUGGCCAGUGACUCUGAAAAUGAGGGCUCGCACAAAGAUCAUACCAGUGACUUAGAAAAUGAGGAGCCCCAGAAACACCCGGCCAGUGACUCAGAAAAUGAAGAGCACCCAAAAACUCAUAACAGCGAUUCAGAGAACGAGAUGGCUCCAAAACCUUUUGCCAGUGACUCUGAAAAUGAGGUGCCAAGGGCCCAGCCCAGUGACUCUGAGAACGAAGAUGACCCUGGAAGUAAGCAAACAGCAGAGUCGGGUGAUAAUGAUACAGAGGAUAAGAAAGAGGAAGAAACGGAGAAUGGUGGUCACCUUUCAGACAGUGAUCAACCAGGAAAAAGAUCUCACGGCUCUGACAGUGAGGAAGAAGAUGGCCCUAAAAAAUGGAAGAUCGCGGACAGUGAUGAGGAAGAAGAGGAAAAGUCCACAAAGAGGAAAACUGCCGUACUCUCUGAUAGUGACGAUGAGGAAAAAACACCUGUGAAAAGGGGGCGCCUGAUCUCUGACGGUGAAGAAUCAGAUAGCGAUGCUGCAUCAGAGAAAUAUGAGAAGCAAAAGAAACAUCUAGCUUCAGAUAGCGAGGACCAGGAAGAUGAUGACAAAGCCGAUGAUGCUGGGAAGAAGAAGGAAGAAAAAGAUCUCUUUGGGAGCGACAGCGAGUCCGGAAAUGAGCAAGAAAACCUCAUUGCAGAUAUAUUUGGAGAAUCUGGAGAUGAAGAGGAGGAAGAGUUCACAGGAUUCAACCAGGAGGAUUUGGAAGAAGAGAAAGGAGAACGGAAAGGAACAGCAGAUGAUUCAGACUCCGACGACAAUAUCAAACGAGGAAAACAUCUGGACUUCAUGUCAGAUUUUGAUAUGAUGCUACAACGGAAGAAGAGCAUGAGCGGCAAGCGCCGGCGCAACCGUGAUGGCGGGACCUUUAUUAGCGAUGCAGAUGAUGUCGUCAGUGCUAUGAUUGUGAAGAUGAACGAAGCUGCCGAGGAAGACAGGCAGCUGAACACACAGAAGAAACCAGCACUAAAAAAGUUAACUUUGCUUCCAACUGUGGUUAUGCACCUGAAAAAGCAGGACCUGAAGGAGACUUUCAUUGACAGUGGUGUGAUGUCAGCUAUCAAAGAGUGGCUUUCUCCCUUGCCAGAUCGAAGUCUUCCGGCACUGAAAAUUCGAGAGGAGCUUUUGAAGAUUCUGCAAGAGUUACCUAGUGUGAGCCAAGAGACCUUAAAACACAGUGGGAUCGGGCGAGCAGUGAUGUAUCUCUACAAACACCCUAAGGAAUCGCGGCCCAACAAGGACAUGGCAGGAAAGCUAAUUAAUGAAUGGUCUCGGCCUAUUUUUGGUCUAACCUCAAACUACAAAGGAAUGACAAGAGAAGAAAGAGAACAGAGGGAUCUGGAACAGAUGCCACAACGAAGGCGACUGAGCAGCUCUGGUGGUCAAACACCCCGCAGGGACUUGGAGAAGGUGUUGACAGGAGAGGAGAAAGCUCUUAGACCUGGUGAUCCAGGAUUUUGUGCUCGUGCAAGAGUUCCAAUGCCCUCCAACAAGGAUUAUGUGGUCAGACCAAAAUGGAAUGUGGAAAUGGAAUCUUCCAGGCCUGGAACUAUUAAGAAAGGUAUUAGUCGGUUGGAAAAACACAAGAGGCGGUUUGCGGAACAAAAAAGACUUGGCAAAAUGCAUCGGGCUGUCAAAUUCAGCAUUGAAGGCAACAGGAUGCCCUUGUAGUAGCCUUGAAAUUCUGCUUGUCUCAGGUUUGGAAGGUAUCCUCAAAAGAAGUGUGAACAGUGCAUGUACUUUAGUUGUUGGCAUUGUGCGCACUCAGGCAAAACAGCAUGACUCUACUAACUGCUCCCUAGAAAGUACUGUAAAACAUGAAAAAGACAUCUGCAUAUUACUAAACUUGCCCAGUUUCGUGAUCUGCUUUAUAAAAUGAGCUCAAAGUGUUAAUAUCUGCAUUAACAUAGGUAACAGACACUGUCAUGCUAAAUUUCCAGCUUCAAAUAGUUUUAAAUUCAAUUCUAUGUUGAAGUACUAAGUUUGUCUCCUUUAAAGCUGGCCUGUACAAGACAUUUGUAGUUGAGUUUGAGUUCUUUGAAGAUUUGCAGGAGUCCUGAGCCACUUAGAAGUCUAAGGUUUUUUUUACAACAUAUACUUUUGUAGACUGAAGAAGAGUUGGAUUUAUAUCCCCCCAUUCUCUCCUGUGAGGAGACUCAAAGGGGCUUACAAACACCUUUCUCUUUCCCCCUCACAACAAAUCCUUAGAUGCAUAAAGAUAAGAACAUUUCAAAUGUUGUUUAAACACAGUUCUGUAUCAAUAAAUAAUGCACUAUUCUAAACAGUCUGCUUACAGUGACCAGUUUGGCUGCAUCACGCUUUUUAUAGUUCAACAAAUUCUCUGUGAAGAAAAAGUAGGUUUGAUCUGCUUUUUGUGAUUGUUUUUAGUAUACCCUACUCAGAUUCUAAUUUCACCCUCUCUUUAACAGUUCUCUGGCAGUUACCUGCCCAGAUAUUUAUUUAUUCAUUUUACAAAGUUUAUGUCCCACCUUUUUGUCCUCUUAAGGGUACUGAGACAGAUAACAAAUUUUUAAAAAGUAAUUAAAAUCACAUCUUCAGAACCAUUAAAACCAACAAAAACACAUAAUUAAAACCUACAAAAACAACAAAAAAUUGGGCAGGAAGGAAUCACUUAGGGGACGGUAAAUGAAACAAAAGUCUUCAUGUGCUAGCAGAAGAUGGCAACAGAAGAGGCAAGACAAGUCUCUCUUUAGGUGUCACAACAAAGAAGAUCCUCUCUGAGGCUGCCACCUGCCAAGGUGGUGGCACUCAAAAGUCAGGCUUCCAGAGAUGUCCAUGGUGGUUGGAUAUGUCUGGCCAGGUCCCAACCUAAUUUAGCUUCAGAAAUGCAGCUGCAUAAUGCUGACAGCAAACACAGCGAAAAUAUUUGAUCAAGAAUAUUACCUUGGAUCCAAAGAACCUCCUUCUUUUAAGCAAGUGGUAGUUUUUCUUCUGAUUUCCACCAUUUUCAUAGCCAGAAAAGCUGCUCUGCAGGGUUCCCAGUCCUCUCCAGCUACUUUUGUUCAGGUACAGAGGGCAGCAGGUAGCAAAGAGAUUUGGAAGGCCUACACAAAUGAAAAUAUCUUUUGUUCCCGAUGUGGCAUCUUUCAAUCCAAGCCAUUUAUGCAAGGAAAGCUAGGGAGAAUUUUUUAGUAUUUAUUUGACUUCAUUUUAAAAUCACCCCAUUAGAGUUUGACAUGUUCAGGUCAAGAUUCAGAUCUGUGUUUUAGCUCUGAUGUUUUCUGUCUUGGGCAUGCUGGUAUCUCUCAGACUAACCCACCUCACACAGAUGUCAAAUGAGUGGUUGGCUGAGUUCAUUGAAGGAUGGGUGGGCCAAACCUAGCAGGUACUUAUUUAUUAAUCUUUUGUUUCACAGAACUUUUAUAAGUUGUAGCCCAAGCAUAUGAUACUCAGAAUCUGUAGAUUUGUUCAGGGUACAAAGAGUAUAAACUACUACAUCAAUUCUAAGGCAAGUAAAGGAUAAGUUAAAGAAUUAGUUUCUCAAGAAUGAAAUGUGGUGCUGGCAUCUGUUGAAGAAGGCUGAUUUUGAGAGAGAUGAGCCUUCACAGGAUUGUGCUGCUUUAACUAGUUUUGAUCAGUUGAUUGGGUAAGUCGUUGUGUUGUAGCCAUCUUGGAAAUGGAAUAGCCCACCUUGGAAUCUCUACUUAGCUGCAAAAUUUACUGAAAGGACUUGGGCAAGACAUGUUCUGAAUGUGACUGGUUUGGGAAGAUAAAGCAGAAUUGUAAAACAUGCAAUGUCUUGAAAUAGGCUGAAGAACUUGUAAUUUGGACUAUAGGGAUGUCAGUGCAAUGUUUAGAAGGAGAUAAAUGUUUACAGAUACAGGGGUGAGGACAGUGAUGUAGGUAUAGAUUUUUUAUGAGGGGGUUCAAGGGCGGGACCACGCCCCACCCACCCCUGGGGCCGUGACCACGCCUCCCCAAGCCCCACCCUGGCCU